CCUCAGACUGGGGCUUGACCUGUGGAGCAGGAACCCAGGCUGGGCACUGGCCUGGCUUCCAAGGAGCUGUGACACAGGCCCCUGUGUUAUUUGACACUGGGUCCCAAUAACUACAGUCCCAGCUGGGAGGGAAAAGGAAUCCGAGGGGCAUCCGUGAGUUGACAUAGGCCACCGGCCAGACAGCUCCACCUACUGAGGCCUCUCUGCUGCUGGACUCAAGAGGACAGUGCAUUGGAGGACUCUGUUUUUUGAACCUGGCUGAACCUGGCUGAACCUGGCUGUGUAGGUGGCCUCGGUAGGGCCAAGUUUCUGAUAUCAGUUUCCCAGCUCCCUAGGACAAUGCUUAUGUGUUCUCAGCAGGAUGCCCACCCCUCAAUCAGAAUGGUUAUGAUGAUGAAAACAGUGAUUAGCCUCUUCAUAACUGAAAAGGGCCCCGGGCAGGGUGUGCAAAAUCAGCACCUAAUGCCACUCCCCUGGCUGCUGUCACCUCACCCAGGGCUUGGCAAGCAGACAAGACUGUUCCCUCCUCACCCCUUCGACUCUGGCCCUAUCAUGGAAAACAAGAGCAGGUCUCGUGCCCACGUUGGGGCCAGGAAGGAAGGGCUCCGAAGACACAUGUGGCUGAGGCCUCCACAGCCAUAGUUAAUACCUCACUUUGCCUGGGUCCCCCUUUCGCAAUCCAGAGCUGCGGACCUGGUUACAGAUUUACUUUGAACAAUGUCUGAUGUGUGGAGUAAAGUCCUCCUCAGCCUCUGUAAAGUCAUCCCUCCCUCCCAGGAGCUGCUCAAACCAGCGCUCCAGACAUGAGGGCCCAGCAGGACUCCGAGGGUCAGCCACAGUCACAGCAUGCAACCCUGAGCUCCACAGAGGCUCAACCCAGGGAGCCCCCCAUGGCUCUGCCCACACAGCCCAAGUCUGACAUGUUGUACAAGAUUGAGGACACGCCGCCUUGGUACCUGUGCAUUCUUCUGGGCUUCCAGCAUUAUCUGACCUGCUUCAGUGGCACCAUCGCCGUGCCCUUCCUCCUGGCCGAGGCAAUGUGCGUGGGUCAGGACCAGCACAUGGUCAGUCAACUCAUCGGCACCAUCUUCGUGUGCGUGGGCAUCACCACCCUUGUGCAGACCACGCUGGGCAUCCGGCUGCCGCUGUUCCAGGCCAGUGCCCUUGCGUUUCUGGUUCCAGCCCAAGCCAUUCUAUCCCUGGACAAAUGGAAAUGUCCCUCAGAAGAGGAGAUCUAUGGGAACUGGAGUCUGCCACUGAACACCUCUCACAUCUGGCAGCCACGCAUUCGAGAGAUCCAAGGAGCAAUCAUGGUGUCCAGCUUGGUGGAGGUGGUGAUCGGAUUGCUGGGACUGCCUGGGGCCCUACUCAGCUACAUUGGGCCUCUCACGGUCACCCCUACUAUCUCCCUCAUUGGCCUCUCGGUCUUCCAAACUGCUGGUGACCGAGCUGGCUCCCACUGGGGCAUCUCAGCUUGCGCCAUUCUCCUGAUCAUCCUCUUCUCCCAGUACCUGCGCAAUGUCAGUUUCCUGCUGCCCAUCUACCGCUGGGGCAAGGGCAUCACUGUCUACCGCAUCCAGAUCUUCAAGAUGUUCCCAAUCGUGCUGGCCAUCAUGACUGUGUGGUUGCUAUGCUACAUCCUCACCCUGACGAAUGUGCUGCCUGCAGACUCCUCAGCCUAUGGCUUCCAGGCACGCACCGAUGCCCGUGGGGACAUCAUGGCCAUUGCACCCUGGAUCCGCGUCCCCUACCCUUGUCAGUGGGGCCUGCCCACGGUGACUGCGGCUGCUGUGUUGGGGAUGUUCAGUGCCACCUUGGCAGGCAUCAUUGAGUCCAUUGGAGAUUACUACGCCUGUGCCCGGCUGGCUGGUGCGCCACCCCCUCCUGUGCAUGCUAUCAACAGGGGUAUCUUCACCGAAGGCAUCUGCUGCAUUAUCGCGGGGCUGCUGGGCACAGGCAACGGGUCCACUUCAUCCAGCCCCAACAUUGGCGUUCUGGGGAUUACCAAGGUGGGCAGCCGGCGCGUGGUGCAGUUCGGUGCGGGUAUCAUGCUGAUCUUGGGAGUCGUGGGCAAGUUCACGGCCCUCUUCGCCUCACUCCCUGACCCCAUUCUAGGGGGUAUGUUUUGCACCCUCUUUGGCAUGAUUACGGCCGUGGGCCUGUCCAACCUGCAGUUCGUGGACCUGAACUCCUCCCGAAACCUUUUCGUGCUCGGAUUUCCUAUAUUCUUCGGACUCAUGCUGCCCAAUUACCUGGAUUCCCAUCCAGGAGCCAUCAACACAGGUGUUCCCGAAGUGGACCAGAUUCUCACCGUGCUACUGACCACUGAGAUGUUUGUGGGAGGAUGCCUUGCCUUCAUACUGGACAAUACGGUGCCAGGGAGCCCAGAGGAACGAGGUCUGAUCCAGUGGAAGGCUGGGGCCCAUGACAGUAGUGAGACAUCUGCCAGCCUCAAGAGCUACAACUUUCCUUUUGGGAUGGGAACGCUGAAAAGAGUUACUUUUUUGAGAUACAUUCCUAUCUGCCCCUUCUUCAAAGGAUUUUCUUCAAAGUCUAAAGAUAAGCCUUCACUUCCAGAAGACACUCCAGAAAACACAGAAAGUAGAUCUGUGUGCACCAAAGUCUGAAAAAAACUACUUCCAGAAAAGGUAGGAUGUGUCUGUGAUUUCUGUUUGAGGAUUAAAGAACC